ACGUGAUGCGACUUCUAUUCACACGCGUGCUUCCUCCAACAGCGAGCUGUGGCCGAACGGAGGUGAACAUGGCCGAUGUGUCGGAGAGGACGUUACAGGUCGCUAUAGUCGUUUCGUUUGCAGCUGGUUUUAUCGCCGGCUGGCAGGCAAACAGGAUGCGAAGAAGGUUCUUGGACUGGCGGAAAAAGAGGUUACAGGACAAGCUCGCAGAAACACCACAAAAAAACACACCUAACAAGACACAAACUGCCAUGGUCAUCAAAGUCUGA